GCGUAAGAGACGCCCAAUAAAUUGGUUAAAGUCUCUCUCUUUCUUCUUCUUCUUCUCAAUCCUUUCUUUCUUAAGAUCAAAGAGAUCGUUUUUGUUCAGAUUUGAUAUUGCGUUAAAUUUCUAGCAACAAAUAUGGCGGGAGAAGAUAGCCGCGAAGCUCAACGAGGCGACGAGCAUGAGGAGUCGAGUCCUCUCUUGCAGGGGAAAGAGAACGACAGCAAGAUCUGCUCUAAAGGGGAUGCUAAGACUAAGACGGCGUCGCCUGUGCCUCCUCCUGCGGCGGAGGAAUACGGUUGGACGGCGGAUGGGUUGCCCGUGAGCCAUGGUAGCGUGAUUGGCGAGCCGAUCAGGAGAAACCAGUGGAACUCGGGUCUUUUCACCUGUCUUGGUCGCAAUGAUGAAUUUUGCAGCAGCGAUCUCGAAGUUUGUUUCCUUGGAAGUGUGGCUCCCUGUGUGUUGUAUGGAACUAAUGCAGAGAGGCUUGGCUCUGCUCCGGGAACAUUUUCAAACCACUGCUUGACUUAUUUGGGAUUGUACUUUGUUGGUAAUUCUUUGUUUGGCUGGAACUGUCUUGCUCCAUGGUUCUCUUAUUCCAGCCGUUCUGCUAUUCGCCGAAAGUUUAACCUUGAGGGAAGUUUUGAAGCUAUGAACAGGUCGUGUGGCUGCUGUGGAAGCUGCAUAGAGGACGAGAUGCAAAGGGAACACUUAGAGACGACUUGUGACUUUGUGACUCAUGUUCUUUGUCAUACAUGUGCCCUUUGCCAAGAAGGACGUGAGCUCCGCAGGAAGGUUAUACACCCAGGUUUCAAUGCCCAGUCCACCGUGGUUGUGAUGCCACCCACAGAACAAACCAUGGGUCGUAAGUGAAGCUUACACUGAGUCGAGUGGUCUAAUUAGCACUUGUAUUGCAUUGUGUACACGUUGGUGAAACAAGUGUCUUGUGUGGAUCUCGUACCAUGAUAUUGUCUUUUGCUUACUUUUUUUUGGAAUAAAACCUUAUCUGGAUGUAAUCUGUCGUGUGUCUUUCUUUUUUCUCUCUCGAAAUCAAACAUAUGUAUAUCUUUAUGUUACGAGCUUGUUUUGAUAUGGUCUGAAAUGUCCAACUGUUUU